AAGACCUAUACGACGCAGUGACAAAAGAGCAAUGGGUUGAGGUACGAGACAUCAUGAGACGCCAACCUCUACUCGUAAAUGAGACACCUCUCGGCUGCCCGUUAUUAUAUAAGAUUGUGUACCACAGAGCACCGCGUGAUGUCGUGGCUGAGAGUUUAAAAUCAGCGACGGCAGAAGCAAUCGACUACGUGAGGACGCGCCUUGGUCGUGAUGAUUGCAUUCUACAUCGCAUUGCUAAACUCGGCUAUGCACAGGAAAUGAGAGAGGCUCUGACAAUUUCUGCACGCAAUGUGAAUUUAAAAGAAGACUGGAAGCAAGAGACUCCACUUCAUUGGCUGUUAAAAUAUAAUCAUCAAUUCAGUGUUCACCUGGACAUUGCAAGACUUCUUUUGGAUGCAGGGGCUGAUUCCAGUAUAAAGAAUAAGGACAAUCAGACGCCACGUGACCUCUAUAUAAAGAAUGAAUGUGAGGAGUAUGAUUCUACAAAUAGAGAAAAACACAAGGAAGAAAUCUUACAACUUCUGCAAGGCUUUGAAGUUCCAGAAGCAAUAUUAGCCAGAGGCAGUGAGGCUCUGAAGGUUUUUAACGAGGAGUUACAAGAAGGAAGGAUCACAGUAAACCAUGCACGAUUAAUGGUAACAGGCAAAGAAGGGGUUGGAAAGACUUGUUUGGUAAACACUCUGCUUGAAAGAACAUUUAAUGAAGAAGAACCAUCGACUGAUGGAAUUGUGUUGACGACUGCUUUCCAAACUACGGAUAUUAGUAGUGUGUGGAAAGAGGCUGAAGACAUGGACGAAUGUGAACGUAUCAAGGAUAUAUUUGAUAAUGCAUUAGAAAGUAAAGUGGCCGAGAAACUGAAACAAAAAGGAAGCCAAGCAGAGGCAGCUGAGCCAGUACCAGCAUCAGCAGGAAAGUCAACACCUGUACCUCCACUUGUACAUGCUCCUGAAGAAUUUCGGCAGUUAACUAAAAAAGAAGGUCGCAGGAAACCAGGUACCUCCUCUACACCUGUAUUGCCAUCGGUGCCUGUUCCAGUUAAGGUAAGACAUGAUAUAGUAAUAGUAUGUGUGUUCACAGUGUCUACAACAGAUGAUCAGAUAAAUUAUUACAAAUGUUCAACUGUAGGAUUUAAUAACACGUUGUUGUAGAUUUGCAUUAUUUCAGCCUUCGUUACUGAGACUCGGCGUUUCCCACAGCAUGCAUUGUUGCCUUCUAAUAUAUUUUAAGUUAAGUAAAUUGUUUACACCUCUGUCACUAUAUACCUCUCAUUAACAAUUGAUUUGAUAUAAUUUAUUUUGAAAUUCUGAACAAAACAAUGUACUGUAAGUAAGCACUCAUUUUUUUCUUGAGCCAUCAAAGCAAUACAGUGUACAUAUAAUUGUUUUUCCCUAAACCUUUAAUCAGAA